AUGACGCUCGGUGGUCCGUUCACAGCCCCUCCUAUCCCCGGCUCGUCGCCUUUCUCUAGUGUCACGCCGAUCACACCUAAUCAACGUUAUCGCGGCUGGCUUUCCGAGAUCGUCAAACCCUUGGAGGAGUUUAUCGAUGAACCUAUUGAUCCACGAGACUACUACCUCGACUUAACAGAGGUCGCCGAAGGGGAGAGUGGUUCUGUGUAUGCUGCACGUAUAUCCGAUAAUGCCAAUCUUGCCCGACUUUCCAAACUCCCACCGCUAAUCAAAGCACGAGAUGUCGAGGGUCAAGCCAACGGAGAGACCAUGUUCGUUGCGAUUAAGACUGUGCCCAUAUUGCCUUCCGGCUCAGCGAAACUUGACGAAUUGAGGAAGGAACUGAAUAUGAUCAGAGGAAUAAUGCACGGGAACAUAUUGGCAAUGCAUGCAUUAUAUGUGGAUUCAGUGGAAGACUCUUUAUGGAUUCGUAUGGAGUUGAUGGAGAGAAGCUUAGCCGAUGUUGUGGUUCUAUGUGAGGAAGGCUUGGUGUUGCAGGAAAGAGUCAUUGCACGGUUUACACAUGAUACGCUAGAGGCGCUACAAUUUUUGCGCACACAUAAUAUAGCCCACCGCGACAUUCGUUCUGAUAAUCUACUCUUAAACAGUCAGGGAAUGCUAAAACUCACUGACUUUUCAAAUGCUGUUAAAGUCAGCACAAACUCGCCCAUUGUCCAUGACACGGUGGGCAUUUUGUACUGGCAGGCACCCGAAGUACGGGCAGGACCUUACAAUGCGCUCAAGAUCGACAUUUGGUCUGUUGGCGCGACGGUGUGGGAGCUGGCUCAAGCAGCACCCCCCUUUGCAGAUUCAACGGAUCCCCCCACCGAUAGAUGGCCUAAGCUCAGCAAGCCCGAGAUAUUUUCCCCCGCCUUCCACGAAUUUUUGCGUUUAUGUUCAGAACCGGCCUCGUCUCGUCCGGAUGCCCAGGAAUUACUUAAGAAUUCAUUCGUCAACAACACCUGUGGGCGUCCGGUCGUUAGACAAUUAUUACAGCAAUGCACCGCCGUCGAAAAACUGGUCUCACAACGUCAAGAACUCGAGGAAGAAGAUGAACAAGCUACCUUAAUGAUAUCAUGA